AUGGCAUCCACCAGUGCGGAGAGCCAGCUCCAGAGAAUUAUCCACGAUUUGCAAGAUGCCGUGACAGAACUAAGCAAUGAAUUUCAGGAAGCAGGGGAGCCCAUCACAGAUGACAGCACCAGCUUGCAUAAGUUUUCUUAUAAGCUUGAGUAUCUGCUUCAGUUUGAUCAGAAGGAGAAAGCCACCCUCCUGGGCACCAAGAAGGACUACUGGGAUUACUUCUGUGACUGCCUAGCCAAAGUGAAAGGAGCCAAUGAUGGGAUCCGGUUUGUCAAGUCGAUUUCCGAGUUCCGGACGUCUCUGGGGAAAGGAAGAGCAUUUAUUCGCUACUCCUUGGUGCACCAGAGGCUGGCAGACACCUUACAGCAGUGCUUCAUGAACACCAAAGUCACCAGAGACUGGUACUAUGAAAGAAGCCCAUUUCUGAAGCCAAAGUUGAGCUCAGACAUUGUGGGCCAACUCUACGAGCUGACCGAGGUCCACUUUGACCUAGCAUCGAGGGGUUAUGACUUGGAUGCUUCCUGGCCAACGUUUGCCAGGAGGACCCUGGCCACCGGCUCUUCUGCUUACAUGUGGAAGCCUCCCAGCCGAAGCUCCAGCAUGAGCAGUUUGGUGAGCAGCUACCUGCAGACUCAGGAGAUGGCCUCCAGCUUUGACCUGAACAGCCCCUUAAACAACGAAGCCCUGGAGGGAUUUGACGAGAUGCGGCUGGAGCUGGACCAGUUGGAGGUGCGGGAGAAGCAGCUGCAGGAGCAAAUGCAGCAGCUGGACCGAGAGAACCAGGAGCUGAGGGCAGCUGUCAGCGCGCAUGGAGAGCAACUGCGUGUGGAGAAGGAGCGGGGGUGCGCUGCGGCUGAGGAGAACGCCCGCCUCACAAACCUGGUGACCAAGCUCCAGAAGCAGUGGGAGGUCACCCAGGCCACCGAGAGCACCGUGAAGGAGCUCCAGAAGUGCCUGCAGGCUCUGGAGCUGGGCGCAGCAGAGAAGGAGGACUACCAGUCGGCCCUGCGGCACCUGGAGUCCGUGCUGCAGCCUCUGACGCAGGAGCUCCAGGCCACACGGGACUCACUCGGUGGGCAGAACCAGCAGUUAGCCAGUGUCCCGGCCUGGCUGAGUAGGCCUGAGGAAAAAGUAGCUAUGACUCUGGGCAUAAAGGAGCAGCAAGAAGCUAGCUCCAGUGACUUGGUCUUGGUGGGUCAGGAGCUGGGGGUGACACGUGAAGCCCUAGAUGGUGAGAACGCCAAGCUUCAGGAGCUCAACAGGCAGCAGAGUGCCCAGCUGGAGCAGUUGACCAAGGAGCUGCGGCUGAAGGAGGAGGCCCGGGCCGGCCUGGAGCAUGUGCUGGAGGAGAUGGUCCCACUCCGGGAAGAGCUGGCCCGGAAGGGGCAGGAGGCAGCCCAGCUCCGGUGCCAGUUGCAGGAGUCACUGGCCCACAUGAGCUCCCUGGAGGAGGAACUGGCAGAAGCGCGGCAUCUGGGGCAGCAGCAGCGGGAGGAGAAGGAGCUGCUGGAGCAGGAGGCCCGGGCUCUGACAAGGCAGCUACAGCUCCUGGAGACCCAGCUGUCUCAGGUGAGCCAGCAUGUGAGCCACCUGGAGGAGCAGAAACAGCAGCUCAUUCGGGACAAAGACCACCUCAGCCAGAAGGUGGGGACCCUGGAGCAGCUUGCUAGACAGCCAGGCCCUGAGUGGCCCCUAGCAGGUGAAGGGAGUGAGGCGCUGGCUCCCGUGUCUUCCCCGCUGCCACAGGCCUGUGAAAAGCCGGAGGAGGAGCAGAGCAGUGAUACCAAGGACAAGCAGGAAGAGCUCCAGCAGGCCAACACGGAGCUGGAGAAGGAGCUGCAGAAUGUUGUUGAGCGCAACCAGCUUCUAGAGGGCAAGCUGCAGGCCCUGCAGGCUGACUAUGAGGCCCUGCAGCAGCGAGAGGGGGCCAUCCGGGGCUCGCUGACCUCACUGGAGUCGGAGCAGGCCAGCAUCCGGCUCAUGGGCGACCACAUGGAGGCUAGCCUCCUGGCAGUGAGGAAGGCUAGGGAGACCAUGAAGGCCCGAGUGGCCGAGAAGGAUGCUGCCCUUCGGAGGAAGGAGGAGGAGUGCCAUCAACUGCGGGAGGAGUUGGAGCAGUGCCGUCUACGGGCAGAGGCACGUGACGGGGAGCUCAGGGAUCUUCAGAGCCAGAGCCACCAGCAGACCCAGCUGAUCCCGACUUUCACAGCCGAGAAAAGCCAGCAGGAGCUCAGCCCCACCCAAGACGAUGCAUCCAGUGAGCUGGCGUCCCAACUGGCCCUGUCUCAGGUUCAGCUGGAGGUUCAUCAGGGGGAGGCUCAGCACCUGAGGGCUGAGGUGGUGGACCUCCAGGCCAAGCUUCAGGCAGCCUUGGGUGACCAGGAGAAGGUGCAGAGCCAGUUGGGUGUGGCUGAGACAGUUCUGAGGGAGCACAAGGCUCUCGUGCAGAAGCUGCAGGAACAGAAUGAAGCCCUCAACCGGGCCCAUGUCCAAGAACUUCUGCGGUGCUCAGAGAGGGAAGGGCUCCUGCAGGAGGAGCGGACCAGCGAGGCCCAGCAGAGGGUGGAGGAGCUGCGGGCCUUGCAGGAAGAGCUGAUCCAGGUGAAGCAAGGCUCCACGGAGGCCCAGCUGGCACAUGCCGAGCUACAAGAGCAGCUGCACCAGGCCAACACAGACACAGCCCAGCUCGGCAUCCAAGUCUGCACACUGACCGCGGAGAAGGAGCAGGUAGAGGGGGCCCUGGCCUGUGCCACCCAGGAGCUCCGGGACACCAAAGAGGCAACCUCAAGGGAGCGAGAGGGUCUGGAGCAACAAGUGGCCAGGCUGCAGCAGGAGAAAGAGAGCUUGCAGGAGAAGCUGAAGGCAGCUGAGGAGGCAGCCCGCUCACUGACUGACCUGCAGGCCCAGCUGGCUCAGGCCGAGCAGCGGGCCCAGGGCCUCCAAGAGGCCACACACCAAGAGCUGGACACCCUCAAGUUCCAGCUGAGCACAGAAAUCCUGGACUACCAGAACAGACUGAAGGCUGCCAGUGAAGAGUGCAAAAGCCUCAGGGGCCAGCUGGAGGAGCGAGACCAGAAGCUGCAGGCCUCUGAGGAGGCUGUGGGGAAGCUGAAGGCCGCCCAAGCAGACAUGGGAGAGAAGCUGAGAAGCACCAGGACCCGUCUCUCAGAGUGCCAGGCAGUCCUGCUGCAGAAGGAUGAGGAGGGGGUCGCCCUGCGCACAAACCUGGAAAGGACCCAGAAGGAUCUCGAAAUCGCCACCACAAAAUUCCAAGAGUGUUACAACAGACUCUGUGAGGAGGAGACAAACCGCGAGAAGAGCGACCAGAAGAUGCUUGCUGACCUGGAUGACCUGAACAACACCAAGAAGUACCUCGAAGAACGGCUGAUAGAGCUGCUCAGGGACAAGGAUGCUCUCUGGCAGAAGUCAGAUGCCUUAGAAUUUCAACAGAAACUGAGUGCAGAGGAGAGGUGGCUCGGAGACAGUGAAGCCACCCACUGUCUCGACUGCAAACGAGAGUUCAGUUGGAUGGUUCGGCGGCAUCACUGCAGGAUAUGUGGCCGCAUCUUCUGCUACUACUGCUGCAACAACUAUGCUCUGACCAAACAAGGCAGAAAGGAGCGCUGCUGCCGUGCCUGCUUCCGGAAGCUCAGUGAGGGCACCGGCUCUCCUGACAGCACCAGCUCAGGCAACAGCCAGGGAGAGCCCGGCUCCACAUUGGCACCAGCCCAGGCUGGGCACCAGGCCACCACAGUCCAAGGUGCAAACUCAGGCUGCAGGCCACCAGAUGACGCCAUGUUUGACAUCAUCACAGAUGAGGAAUUGUGCCAGAUCCAGGAGGACGGCGCCUCCUUGCCUGAAACACCCACAGAAUCCAAUUCUCUUGACCCAAUUGUGGCCGAACAAGACAACACACCAAGCUCAUUAACUCCAGAGGACAAUGAAGACAUGCCUGUGGGUCAGGACUCUGAAAUCUGCUUGCUGAAGGCCGGAGAGUUGAUGAUAAAAGUACCCCUCACAGUGGAAGACAUCGUCAACUUUGGGGAAGGCAAUAGGGAGCUGUUUGUGAGGUCCAGUACCUACAGCCUCAUCCCCAUCACUGUGGCCGAGGCCGGCCUCACCAUCAACUGGGUCUUUUCCUCAGACCCCAAGAGCAUCUCCUUCAGUGUGGUCUUCCAGGAGGCAGAGGAUGCACCGCUGGAUCAGUGUAAGGUCCUCAUUCCCAUGACCCGCUGUAAUUCCCACAAGGAGAACAUCCAGGGCCAGCUCAAGGUGCGAGCACCAGGCAUCUACAUGCUCAUCUUUGACAACUCCUUUUCAAGGUUUGUUUCCAAGAAAGUAUUUUAUCACUUAACAGUUGACCGACCUGUCAUCUAUGAUGGGAGUGACUUCCUGUAG